CAUAAGAUAAGUUCCUUACUUUAUACUGCAUUUGACGGGCCUUCUGAAUUGACAGGCCAAUAUCAAACGCUAUUUUCUGGCACAGACCCCGAGACUUGCUUGCUUCUAACGAUCACUUAAGCCACUAUGACUGUGCAAAACAUGGAUUUCGACCCCAGCGACAUUGCUUAUGUUCCCACCACUGGUGUGCGCAAGGAGUUCAGACUUCCCGUAAUACAAGCAACCGCCGAAAAUGUCAAGGGCUAUGGCCACAUCGUGGACUCGCCUGACAACUGUCCGAUUGAGAUCACCCAAUGGCCAGCGCAGGGCUGGAGACCGGUCGACAAGAACUCCGGUGAUCAGGGCGGGACAACCGAAGGACUCUUCGAAUUUUGGUGGAAAGGCGACACGUUAUAUGCGCGGAACAAUGCCGUAGGCGACAGCUACCUCUUCGCUUGGAGCCAAUUCCCCGAAGAGGCUGCAGCCAGGGGGAAUGCCAACCCUCGCGACAAAGUACUGAUCUGGCGCGCCAAUUACCACCCUGACGGUGGUCAGAUGUUCUACCCAAUGGACGGUCAAAGUUUCAUUGUUCCUGUGGCGUUACCCGGCGACGAUGUCACUCCUGAGAAGUUCGUCGCUUUUCGUGUUGAUGGCGGCAAGGGCCUUUAUAUCCACCCCAACAUCUGGCACGGUGCUAUCGUCCCUCUUGAUGAUCACAGUCGCUUGAUUGAUCGCCAGGGCAAGGUACAUGCUAGGGUAUCAGUGGAUUUCGCUAAGGAGUUUGGUGGGUAUCUUUCUAUUCCGUUGCAACCAGUAAACGGGAUGAACGGUACCGUGCAUUGAAGUGGAGAGUGAUGCUUGGGGCACGUAAGGUAUCGCAGACAUAGGUAGAUUCUCUCAUUGUCUCAUCAUUUUCGCUGGACCUCUUACAUAGUGGUAAAUGGCCUUAAGUCCGUAGCUGUUCUGCGAGCCGCCAGGGUUGAACGCCUCUCCAUGCUCACCCUUGAUAUUUCUGGUGCUUGGUUUGUGCUUUCCCCUAGGAUGGCUGCAAUCGGUCCUGACGACGCCUCUUGCUUGCUGG